AUGGAAAUCGAAAUGGAUACACACACACCAACGCUCCAGAAUCGGAAGCUCGAAGAGGACAUGUUUGAGAUUAAUGGCGCUAUGGACCAACACGAAAAAGAUCCAGUUGGAGAUAACGUUUUAGUCAAAGUGAAAAUCGAUCCUGACGAGUCGAAGAAGAUAGUUCGAUACAAUGAAUACCCCAUUAUCAAAAAGUUGAAGAACAUCCUUCUAUUCCGAGUGUUUGGGUAUAAAGGCACGCUGGUCCAUGUGAUGGCGUUGUACUUUCUUCUUCUUUCGAUCAUUUCUGCGUUGAUUGGGUCGACAAUGGACAUUUGUAUUGAUCAGAUCUUCCAAUUAAGGAAAUGGCUACUUGGGUUGUAUGAUGCUCGAUGGUUCAAAAUUCUCAUUUGGAUGUUAUUCACUAUGAUAGGAUCAACAUUAGCAUUUUUAGUCACUAAGUACAUCUCUCCAGCUGCUGGAGGCUCUGGGGUAUCUGAAGUUAAAGUGACUAUAUUAGGAGUGAAUAUCCCUGGGUUGUUAACAUUCAGAACACUUGUUGCCAAAGUAGUUGGGUUGAUCAUAGCAAUUGGGAGUGGGUUGUGGUGUGGGAAGGUCGGGCCAUUCAUUCACAUAGCGUCGUGUGUUGCUGCCAAUUUAACGCACCUUCCCUGUUUCAAGUUCCUUCGGAAGUCGAACGACUUGUUUGUGCAAAUGAUAGCUAUAGCAGCGGGGUGUGGAGUAUCUUCCAAUUUUGGGACUAUAAUUGGUGGUCUCUUGUUUUCAGUCGAAGUCACUGCCGCGUAUUACCCCGUCAGAAAUUAUUGGUUUGCAACGUUCACAUCUGUAAUCUCGGGGUUGGUGUUUAGAACGAUUACUAAUUUGUAUCGACACAACUACGACACACUCUUCUUGGGUCUUUUAAAUAUCAAAUACACAUUCCCUGCUAUUCGAUAUAGAGAAAUCGGAAUUGGCCUGUUAAUGGGAGUGAUCUGCUCGUUCUUUGCUAUCUUCUUUGUGAAGUUUGUAUCGACCAUAUUCAAUACUAAAUUGUAUCUUCGGAUAUAUAAGCUUGGUCGGAUACCUUAUUUCUAUUUGUUCUUGGUAGCACUAUUCACCGCAGUCGUCACGUCGCCAUGGGGAAAUAUAUCGCCACUUGGCUUGUCAACAAAUCAGACUCUUGCCGUCUUGUUUGACAAUAAGAGUCUUGUAAAUACCUUUGGGGAGCAUUACCUGAUCGCGCUGGUUAUUUGUUUCUUUGCUCGGUUCACAAUCACUUCACUUUCUGUGAGUCUUCCAGUGCCUGUUGGUCUUUUUGCGACGAAUAUAGUCGUUGGGUCUAUUCUUGGGCGAUUUGUUGGUGAAGUCUUUGAGACGUGGGGAUGGGAAAAUUCACUUGGACCGUCCGGGUUUGCGCUCAUGGGUGGUGCUUGUUAUGUUGCGUCACUCACACAGACGUUUUCGGCUGCGAUAGUAGUUUCUGAAUUGGUUGAUAAUGUUCAGUUGAUGAUUCCACUGUUAAUAGGUACCAUCUUUGCUAUUUCAAUUGCUCGACUGUUUUCAUAUGGUGUAUAUGACCAAGUCACGAUUGAUAAGAAGUUGCCAUAUAUUCCCGAUAUCCAAUACUCGACUCCACAAUCAGCUGAAAUGGUGAUGGACACUGAUAUGAUACCAGUGCCUGAGUGUACCAAUAUCAUGGAGUUACAAAAAAUAGUCGAUGGCUUGAAAACAGUAGUCGAACGGUCACUACCUGUAGUGGAUACGCGUGAUGGUAGAGUCUUGUUGGGACAAAUUAAGUUGUCGGAGAUCAGAAGAAUUCUUACCGUCACUCUCCCCGAGUCAGUUGCUGGUAAAUUUAUGUUGGACUAUAAAGAGUGUCCUUUGGUUGUAUUAAGACAUACCCCACUAUCAGAGGUGUAUAUGUUGUUUGUAGCAGCACAAGUCGAUUCCGCUUUUGUCACACAUAACGGCAGAUUGAUGGGUGAAAUCAAUAAAAAGUGUCUGAAUCAGGCUAUCGAAAAACAAAUGAACAUUUUGUUUUAA